AUGGACAGCAUGCGUUUCUCCGGAGGCCCCAACGAGGGGCCCGCGGACAACUCCAGCCAGGGGUGGCCCCUGUUAGCCGGCGGUGUCAACGGCAGCCGGGCAGCGGAGGCGCUCGGGGACGGCGGCAGCCCCCAGGGGGACGUGCGCAACGAGGAGCUGGCCAAGCUGGAGAUCGCCGUGCUGGCUGUGACUUUCGUGGUAGCCGUGCUAGGUAACAGCAGCGUGUUGGUGGCGCUGCACCGCACCCCUCGCAAGACGUCCCGCAUGCACCUCUUCAUCCGCCACCUCAGCCUGGCCGACCUGGCCGUCGCUUUCUUCCAGGUGCUGCCGCAGAUGUGCUGGGACAUCACCUACCGUUUCCGCGGGCCUGACGGGCUGUGCCGCGUGGUGAAGCACCUGCAGGUGUUCGGCAUGUUCGUGUCGCCCUACAUGCUGGUGGUCAUGACCGCCGACCGCUACAUUGCGGUGUGCCACCCGCUGAAGACGCUGCAGCAACCGACGCGCCGCUCGCGCCUCAUGAUCGCUGCCGCCUGGGUGCUGAGCUUCGUGCUUAGCACGCCGCAGUACUUCGUCUUCUCCAUGGUCGAGGUGAACAACGUCACCAAGGCCCGGGACUGCUGGGCCACCUUCAUCCAGCCCUGGGGUCCCCGCGCCUAUGUAACCUGGAUGACGGGUGGCAUCUUCGUGGCGCCCGUGGUCAUCCUGGGUACCUGCUAUGGCUUCAUCUGCUACCACAUCUGGCGCAACGUCCGCGGAAAGACGGCUUUGCUCCCCGGAAAGGGCGCCGAGGGCGCGAGUGGCGCUUUGCAUAAGGGGCUCCUGCUCGCGCCGUGUAUCAGCAGCGUGAAGACCAUUUCCCGCGCCAAGAUUCGCACGGUGAAGAUGACUUUUGUGAUCGUGACCGUUUACAUCGUUUGCUGGGCGCCCUUCUUCAUCCUUCAGAUGUGGUCUGUCUGGGAUGAGAAGUUUGUUUGGAUCGAAUCAGAAAACCCGGCCAUCACCAUCACUGCAUUACUGGCUUCCUUGAAUAGUUGCUGUAAUCCCUGGAUAUACAUGUUUUUUAGCGGCCAUCUCCUGCAAGACUGUGUCCACAGCUUCCCAUGCUGCCAGAACAUGAAUCAAACGUUCAACAAAGAAGAUUCUGACAGUAUGAGCAGAAGACAGACUUUUUACACUAACAACCGGAGCCCCACAAACAGUAUGGGUACAUGGAAGGACUCGCCUAAAUCGUCCAAGUCCAUCAAAUUCAUUCCUGUUUCAACCUGA